GAAACUGCACACUGACGUUUUCAAUGGUGUAACCGACCACAUUCCAAGAAUCACAGGGCAGAACUCUAGAACACUACCCAGAAGGCAAUGGAAUCCGUAUAAUGAAGUUUUUGCUAUGGCCAGUGACCCCCUUGAAGGCUUCCAUGAAGUUAACUUGGCUUCACCCACAACUCCAGAUCUCCAGAGCCUUUCGGAGACUCGAACACCGAAGCACACUACCUCGCCCAACAUUGUCUAUCGGACUCACCCAUCGGUGAGCUCGAACCCAGGACCUCCAAAUACUUUAAAUGCAUCUGAGCUCCCCACUCAGCCAGUAUACUCUGCGCCCAGACAUCUGAACAAUGAGGAGACGGCAAAUGGAAGUUUCCACCCUAGUGAUGCUUUCUCUGCUCCCUGCGCUGCUCACCAGGUGGGUGGCAGUACCCAGCCGCCAGCCAGACGAGACAGUGCACGCUUGGAAACAGACUUCUUAGAUGGCAAUGUGGGAGCCCCAGCUGCAGAUGAGGCUGAGGACGUCUUCAGCCUGAGCACAGACAGCCUGUCCCAUCUUAGGAGCCCAUCUGUUAUGGAAGUAAGAGAAAAAGGUUACGAGAGGUUAAAAGAAGAGCUUGCCAAAGCACAAAGGGAACUUAAGUUAAAAGACGAAGAAUGUGAAAGACUUUCUAAAGUCAGGGACCAACUUGGGCAAGAACUGGAAGAACUCACAGCUAGCCUUUUUGAGGAAGCUCACAAAAUGGUGCGAGAAGCUAAUAUCAAGCAAGCAACAGCAGAGAAACAAUUAAAAGAAGCUCAUGGCAAGAUUGAUAUGCUGCUGGCAGAAGUGGCAGCUCUGAAAACGCUGGUGCUUUCCAGUUCCCCAACCUCCCCUACAAAGGAUAUGCCACCCACGGGCAAGACACCUUUUAAAAAGGGACAUGCAAGGAACAAGAGUACCAGCAGCGCCAUGCUAGGGAGCAACCAGGAGCUCAGUGUCAUGCAACCCAUCGUCAAAGACUGCAAAGAGGUCGAUUUGCAGCUUUUUAAUGAAUUCAAACAGUGGCGAGAGGAGCCAACCCUUGAAAGAACAUGCUCAUUUUUAGAUCGCAUUUACAAAGAAGACAUUUAUCCCUGCUUAACUUUCUCCAAAUGUGAAUUGGCGUCGGCCAUCUUGGAGGCAGUCGAGAACAACACUCUGAGCAUAGAGCCGGUGGGCUUCCAGCCGUUACCUGUUGUUAAGGCCUCAGCAGUGGAGUGCGGGGGACCAAAAAAAUGUGCACUCAGUGGUCAGGCCAAGACAUGCAAGCAUAGAAUCAAGUUUGGAGACUCCAGCAACUACUACUAUGUGUCUCCAUUUUGUAGGUAUAGGAUUACAUCUGUCUGCAAUUUCUUCACGUACAUCCGGUAUAUUCAUCAGGGACUGGUAAAACAGCAGGAUGCCGAGCAGAUGUUCUGGGAAGUCAUGCAGCUACGGAAAGAAAUGUCGUUUGCAAAACUGGGAUAUUUUAAGGAGGAGCUGUGACGGAGUGAAGGCAACGAUGAAGAGUGUUAGUCACUAGACAUUUCUUAUUUAUUAUGGAACAAAAAAAGAAAAUUACGGGGUCCAGAACACUACUAUUUUUUAAACUAAUGUUUGCACUUUUAAGUACUGUGAUCACCACAAUAACUUUGGAUUUGUUUGUGUACGCUGAAUGAAAUGUUUAUCAGAUGCAAAUACUUUACAGAUCAUGCUUUUCUUUUUGAAUAGAAAGAAGGAACAAAAAAAAAUGAAGGAGCUCGGUUCUGAAAUACUGAAGAAAUGUGUAAGUGUAGGAGGAAAGGGAAGCGCUGCCCUUUCUCAGAUUUCUGUAUUUUGAAAGAUCUGUAAAAUGAAAAUCGAAGUAUUUAUAGCAAUUGAAAUAUUGUUUCUAUUCCUACAGGUUAGCUGCGUAUUCUUAGACACCUAGUUCACGUAAUCGAACCUAGUGAGCCGUCGGUGAGUGUCUCUGGUAUUUAUGUAUGUGUCUCCAUGUGAGUGUUGAUUUUCUGCACUGGAAUCACAAAGGCUUUCUUUGCUUUAAUUUAGUGCCUUUCUGUAAUAUAUCGAAUAAAAACAUAUACCUCUGGGAA